GAUGUCAAAAUAUCACUUGGACAAAUGUUCACAAAUAAGCCGCCAUGAUUUAGUUUAUUUUUCGUUUACAUGUGCAUUUUGUUAUUCAUACAAUAUGUUUUAAUAUUGUGCUCUUAACAUUGCAAAAACAAUGAUUUUGUUAACAUCUGCCCAGUGACAUUAAAUGGAAACUAUAACACUACAAAGUAUUUGGUUUGAUGAAAAAAAUACAGGUAACAUCAUUCAAUAUAGCAGGAAAAAAAGGACAAUGAUGUGCAAAGACAAAAUAAACAUAUACAUAUACAAACUACACGUAAUAUGUACCACAAACAAGGUGUUAUGCAUAGAACUGCAGCGUAACUGAAAUAAACGAUCAUAAGACCAUAAAACUGAAACUGCUCCACGUCCGUCCACUGGGGGCGCUGUGGCGGCACCAACGGCAGGACUCAACUGUCGGUCUGUAAUGAGUCAAAUCGUAAUGGCGACUGCUGGAACAGCAGACUGUGGAUCAGCAGCCCAGACAGGGACCAGUGGCAUCCAGAAAAUGGCCCCUUCAGAGAUGCCUGGCGCUUCAGGCCCAACUCAGAGUAUGAAGAAGACAAUCGGCCACCGGGGGGUGGAGACCACCACAGGAGAGACGACCUAUAAAAAGACAACCUCAUCUGCCCUCAAAGGUGCCAUCCAGUUGGGCAUCACUCACACAAUUGGCAGCUUAAGCCAAAAGGCGGAGAGGGAUGUUCUCAUGCAGGAUUUCGUGGUGGUCGAAAGCAUCUUCUUCCCCAGUGAAGGCAGUAACCUCACUCCUGCUCACCACUACAGUGACUUUCGCUUUAAGACCUAUGCUCCUAUUGCCUUUCGUUACUUCAGAGAACUCUUUGGCAUUCGGCCAGAUGACUACCUGUAUUCUCUGUGUAACGAGUCACUGAUCGAGUUGUCUAACCCCGGAGCCAGCGGAUCCCUCUUCUAUGUCUCCAGUGAUGACGAGUUCAUCAUCAAGACAGUUCAACACAAAGAGGCAGAGUUCCUCCAGAAACUUCUACCUGGAUACUUCAUGAACAUAAACCAAAACAAGCGCACCCUGCUGCCCAAGUUCUAUGGACUGUAUUGCAUUCAGGCAGGGGGCAAGAAUAUCCGUAUUGUAGUGAUGAACAAUCUUCUGCCUCGGAUCAUCCCCAUGCACCUCAAAUACGACCUCAAGGGCUCCACUUAUAAGAGACGAGCUUCCCCUAAGGAGAGAGAAAAGGCCGUUCCCAUUCACAAAGACCUGGACUUUAUCCAGGACUUGCCUGCCAGUCUGCUGCUGGAAGGGGACACCUACAAUGCCCUGUGCAAGACGAUUCAGAGGGACUGUUUGCUCUUGCAGAGUUUCAAGAUCAUGGAUUACAGUCUGUUGAUGGGCAUCCACAACAUGGACCAGGCCAGUCGAGUUCGGGAACGUAGCGGGGGAAACUCUGGUGACAGCGGGGGGUCGGAGGGAGCAGUGACCCCAGAUCGUCGCUGGCCACAAGCUCAGAAAAGUCUGUACUGUACAGCCAUGGAGUCCAUUCAGGGGGAGGCUCGAGGGAAGGGAGCUUUGGAUUCAGAAGAUCACAUGGGCGGUAUUCCAUCUCGUAAUAUGAAAGGAGAGAGGCUGCUGAUCUACAUUGGCAUCAUCGACAUUCUCCAGUCCUACAGGUUUAUUAAGAAGUUGGAGCACUCCUGGAAAGCCUUGGUCCAUGAUGGGGACACAGUUUCAGUUCACAGACCCGGAUUCUAUGCAGAUCGUUUUCAGCAAUUCAUGUGCAACACGGUGUUCAAGAAAAUUCCACUAAAACCAUCUCCAUCUAAGAAGAGUCGUGGUGGAGGUCAGGGAGGUCUCAGGAGGGCCCCCACACUGGGAGCUCCCACACAGCUCUCCCACUCAACAGGACAGUCAGCUGUUGACUGCAGACUGGUCUACCACAGCCACUUUAAAAGCACAGAUUCAGAAGCAGACAGUGGUGUGCAGUUGGGCAGACCAGAUCUUGUUCCGAGGACCCCUCCGCUGGGGGAAAACCCUUCGGACUAUGAGGCCAACCUGUCUACCUCGUCACUUGGCAGCACAGGAGUCGCCUCCAUCUCUCCUCCUCUACGGUCUGUAGGGGUAGAGGUACACAAAUCGGCAAACACAGAGCUUGACCAUCACAGUUUGGAGGCAGAAGGGGCGGUCGAUAAUUCAGGCAACUUGUCUGGAAACGAAGAUGUCAUUUCACUGUCGGACAUCAUCCCUGAGACCAACAUCUGUUUUUAAACAAACGGAUAUUUGAAGACGAGGCGUUUCUGGACGAGCCGAGGUGGGUGGAAGAGAGGAUAAAGAGAGUGAAAGUCGCCCAUCCACCACGCACCCGCCGUUGCACCUCUGGUCACCCAAACAGUCCAUACAGGGAUCGCUGACUGAAGCGGCGAGGUGCAGUGGAGGUUGUGACGAUGAAGAAAAUAGUCACGAAUGAAGAUCACGAAGAAGACAAUAUGCGGAAGGCUUUUGCUUUCCCAGCCAUUCACGUAAAAAAAAAAUGAAGGAUGCUUCAAUGACAUAAAGGACACGAUAAUUAGUUGUAUAUUGUUACAAGCCCAGUGGAUGGGGAAGCCAGUCAAGUUAACCAUAAAGAGACGGUCACUAUCCUCACUUUUCGCAGCAUGAAGCGAUUGUGAGACGACACGGACAGCAUUUCAGUGGGGACACGCCCAUUUAAGAGCACAACAAGGGCAUGGCCUGCAUGUGUAGGACUGAAUAUUUGCCUCUGUGUUCAUGCGGAGUCGAAGUGGGUUCACAUUUCUGUGAUUUACACAGAAACGUUCCCGUUACCACACUUCCAUUUCCCCCUCGUUACUCAUCAACAGUGGCACUCUAAACCAUCAACAGUAACACUUACUGCUGUUGACUCCGCAAUCAUGUAUGCAUUUCUAUUUACUGUUCUGGAUGUACAGUAUUUGUUUGAAGUUAGAUCCCGAAGCAGCGGAGAAACGGGUUCAACCAGACCUAUACGACCAUUUUGUUUCAUGUUAUGAUUUAAGUUAUUCUGCUGGAAGCCACAGUGGUGCUGCAAACGAUACAACUGGAUCUCACCACUGCUGAAUGUACAUUACAAUGUUUUCUUGUAUAGAAUGUGUCUUAUUAACGUGGCAGACCACAUUUGUACAACCCUGAAAAUCUCCCCCUCUGAUGUGACCGUCUAGAUCACAGGUGUCAAAUACAAGGCCCGCGGGCCGAAUGUGGCCCGCCACUUCAUUUCAUGUGGCCCCCGACGGCUUGAAAGACACACGAUCACCUUUUCUUAGACAUUUAUGACAACAAAUCCCAUGCUUUUAUUUUGAAGGUUUCAGAUGAAAUGGAUUUAUGUUAUAAUAUUAGUCUUUUUUCAUGUACAGUAUUUCUACACUCAAAUAAACAAUAAUUAAAUGACGAGACAGAGAUUUAACAAUAUGUUGGGGAGUAGUUUAUACGUUUAUAUACUUCUGUUACAACCGGCCCUUUAAGAGGCGGCCAUGAUGCAGAUGUGGCCCACGGGGGAAAUGAGUUUGACACCCCUGGUCUAGAUAACUACGGAGAACAGCUGUCGACAGCAUUGCUGGCCAGUAGAUGCUGUGAAAUUAACUCGUAGAAUAUUAAUUUCCAGCUACCGUCAUUCGUCUGUCAUGUCUGCCUUUUACAUGCUCGUCCCUCCCCCGACAUGUGAUGUUAGACAUCUCAUUUAAGGUAUUACUGACAUGUUUUAUCCGUGAGUGUUGUGGUCACACAGAGGCCUUAUCACUACAGCUGAAGGUGUCAAACUGCCAUUUGUAUGUCUGGACCAAACAAAAAUACUUUUUGAUUUUAAUGCAGACACUCUACAAUCUAUUUUGGUUGUGUGUAUGACGAGUGCUCAGUGGCUGCGUUUCAUCAGCGCAGCUAAUCCUGUUAACUCCCCCGAUGUCUGACAGUGAGGAUGUUUAUCCCUUUAUUAUUAAUUUCUGCAGGUUACAGAAAUGACUCCCGCCCACAGCCCCUCUUGGACCAAUAUUAAUAACCAUGUGUACAACUAAUGUUUGUAUUUUUUAUUUUUUAAUGUAGUUUCUCAGCGUUUACUCGGCUUUGUAUAACAAUUUUACUUUUUUCACACAGUUUUUUUGUGUUUGUUGUGUAGGGCACAAGCUGCAGAGAGCUUUUUACCCCACAAGAUGUUUCUAAUACAGAAAUUGUAAUCACUACAAAGUGACUGUAGCAACACUCGAGAUGUUAGACAUCUCAUUUAAGGUAUUUCUAUUUAUGUUUUGUAGGCACGUUUGGUCUAUGCAGCAGAGCGGGAGAGAAGGGGAAAUGUGAGUUGUGAAUAUAGAAGAAAGGAAAACUACUCCAUGUUCAGCUGAGGAUUUAGGACCGAGUCUUUUGUAUCCUAAGCCAGUCGUGGCACCAAAGAAAAGAGUUCUUUUAAUUGUUCAGGAUCCAGUGCAGUGGACAUGAAAAUGAAGCCAGACACUCCUUGAUACCGGCUUGGACUGAUGCAUUGUACAUGGUAAUAGCACUGGGUUGUCCUGUGUUUUUAGACUGGAUGUUUGUUUUGUUUUUGCUAAAUAAUGUCUCGUCUGAUAAGCUGUAUCUGACAUCAAUUUAUUGUUUCUUUAUCAAAAAGUUUGAGACAUUUCAUGAUUUAACUCCACAUUCCUGUGAAAUUCAGUUCAAAUUCACUACAGUUGUGGUAGCCCUUUGUGUAAUUAGGAUGAUGUACUAGAAAUGUAUUGUUACUGAUACUAUGCUGAAAUAUAAUAAGUGGAUUAUUUCAAACUUUCAAAUGUUGUAUUUAGUUGGUUGAGUCAAACAGCCACCAAAGAAAAACCUCCAGGAAAUUCUUUUAUCCAGAUUAUGUUUGGUUUUAUUUUGUAACUUUCUUUUUUGAUGGGUGGUACUGUGUAACUGCCGGAAGCAGACCUGUUCUGUCGCAGUUAUGAGCCACACCAUGGCACAGUAGAAACAUCCUACGGUGCUUAAACGGCGGCACAGUCAGUGCAGACACUACAAUAUGUUUAAAAUAAUGCAAUAUACAUAAAAACCACAAACUCUGCCACAUUUCAUUUCUAAGAAGUAUAUUUAUUAUGAUUGCUGCAGGCUGGAAUGUAUACUGACAGAAGGAUGUCUGAAACUUUAUAGCGUGUACUGCCUAUGAAGGGGGACUAUUGACAAUUUCACUUUUUAUAUUUGAAGGUUCAGAUUGUGAUGUGAUGGAUAUAUUUCGCUCCACAAUGAUUCUGGGUUGUUAAUCUCCCAAACUUUUCUACAUGAAUGUUUCUCAAUGCUGACGAGCCAACAUUGCUGGUUGUCCUAUAAUGCUUCAAUUACUAUAUUUUUACUGUGUAUAAAAUGUUUAUAUGUACAUAGGAGUCACGGAAAUGCCUUCUCAUGCAAUAUGUGCUGCCUGUCCCUCCUGCCAUGUGUCAGUUAUGUAGUGGUGAUGUUUUCAUCUUUGAUUUUAAAGGAUUAAACAUAUUUUCUAAAUCUUG